ACUAAAAUACUCUGUCAAGUCUAAAUUGCUUUGGCAAGGAAAUAACAUUCGCCGAAGACUCCGUGAGUUAGCCAGGCCGCUGGAAACAAAAGAGGCUGAAAUACAGCUUGUUGGCAUCGAUAUACAGCACCUAGAAGCAGCUGUGGAAGACGGAACCGAUGGUGAGAACAAUAAUAUCUUUUACCAGUCACUUCGUUGAUUCUUUUGUAUCGUUUGACUGUUUUAAAUAAAACUUUUGAAAAUGCUAAUUGCGUCGUUCUUUGUAGCAAACAACAUCCUAUUUACAUGUGAUGGAACCUCGUGGCGGUACGUGCUACAUGCUCGGCUAACCAAACUCGAAUUUGCACUUGCUGUCACAAAAAAUGAAUCACUCUUUUAAGCUUUAUUUUGCAAAAUUAAAGCUCUCACAAAAUGUCCCAGAACACCCGAGCUAUUCCCAUUCUUACGUGCUCGAAGUUCUUUUUCUAGAGUUGAAAUUCCUUUUCUAGACAAAAACGGCCUCGGGUUUUUUUCAGCGCGAUUUGGAAUUUAGGAUCGAAAAGGAAUUUUGCAGCUGGAUUUUUCUUUUUUCCCCACAGUUCGUUAGAAUACACAGUUUCUUCUUAGUCUGGUCAACAAAAUAGCACUUUUCGUCUUUUUUCGAGGAAAAAUCGGGCCCGCAACGCGGUAGAAACAAAAGAUGUUUUCUGAAGCGAAAAACGAGACAGCUGAUCAAAAGUCACGGCUGCAGGAAAGAGAGGGGGAUUUCCCUCAUUGACGUCACUGAAGUGGGGUUAAAAACAUCUUACUGCGCGCAGUCACGGAUAUGACAGCUUGGCUAAACAACCUCGAAUUUACAUAUCCACGCUCAUGCUGCGAACCUUGCUUCUGAGCCGAAAUUCUAAGCCCACACGCAUAUAUAACGGUGGGUUCUGGAGCACUCGUAAUUUUCUCGAAUCUCGGCUCUCAGAGUAGUGAAAUUAAAAUUUUAUUUUCAUCACUCUCAGAGCCGAGAUUCUAAAAAAUAACUGUUGUCCCAGAACCUCCAUUAUAUAUGUGUGUCUUGGUUGAACUUUUAGGACUCACGAAUGUUAGAUAAUUUUUUUUUUGUGCAGUGUACGUAUUGCCCUGUUUUAUAAAAAAGAUGUUGGACUGUUAUACCUUUUUCUUAUUCAAAUAGCUACAGAUGUUUUUUUCUUGUUUCUCAGUUUACUUCGAUGCAUAAAGUUAAUUUGUACUGAAUUUGUUUCGAAUGUCUUCAUUUUCGGAGUUUGGACAGAUUGCAGGUUUUCUUCAGCAGUAAAAUAUAAUUACAGGUGCUUUCAGCGUUGACGGUUUUCUCCGAGACAAUGCAAGAACAUGGCUUAUUAACUAGUAGCCAUCAUAGAAAGAACAGAAUAUUAAAAAAGAUAAGACUCACUUUUAUUUUAAACUGACACCUGUCGGCAAUUUUUUUAAUUGACAGGCCUUAAACAAACGUUUGCUAUUCAACGCCUCUCGCAUUUGGAUGACAACUAAAACUUGGUGUUGAUAAGAUAAGUUCUCAGGUCGGUGUGCGGUGUUUUCGUUCCCUUUGAUGGUAGCACUGUAACUUGAAAAGAUAUACUUAGAGUGAAAUAUCGCAAGUUACACACUGCAUUGACGGUAGAGAAGUUUGUCAUUAAUCAGCCGGUGAGGUUGCACUGGUGCGCCGGCAGCUUAAGGGAAACUGAAUUAAGUGAAAAGACGGCCGUGAACCAAAGAAAAGCCCAAAUUUUUGUCAACUAAGAAUCCAAGAGAUGGCAAUGUCUGUUUUAAACACUACCAACCACACAAACUCACAAGGAACAGACGGAACGUACUUCGAUCAAAGCCAAAACUCAAGCAUUCAACAGCCCACUACUGCUAUCUCAACGAAUGUAAAGGUUGGCAUGACGUUAGCAUAUGCAGUCAUUUUCAUCGUUGCUUUGUCGGGCAACUCUCUUGGUUUGUUCGUGGCUUCAAAGAAAUCUCUGUUCAACAGUGUCACAAACCUAUUUAUCGCCAACAUGGCCGUUGCAGAUCUGCUAUUGACUGUCACAGCUAUGCCCUUUAGUGUGACUUUCUUCUACCUUAGAGACUCUUGGUUUGGAGGAACACUGGGUACUAUCACGUGCAAGGCCAUGCACUACGCCAUUCGCGUUUCCAUAGCAGCGACCGUCCUAACAAUGACGCUGAUCUCAUUCGACAGGUUUUGCGUUGUAUUCUAUCCCCUGAGGGGAAAGUUUUUCCGAAAACCGAGAAUCGUGUCAGCAAUAAUUUGGGCUUUGUCUUUCAUUUUAAUGACCCCAACUCUUCUUUUCUAUAAAGUUACAGUUAUUCCGCGCGAGAAUGCGUACGAACGCGUAUGUCGGGGAGACGCUUGGCUCAGCAGUCACUCACGUAAGAUCUUUCACAUCUGCCUCUUCUGUAUACUGUAUGCGUUCCCUUUGAUGGUAAUGGCAGUCCUUUACGUCUUAAUUUGCCGCAAGUUAUGGCCUCGUAGGAUCCCAGAAAACGUGUCAGGAAAAAGUCGAGCCGUUGUCGAAAUGUCUAAACGCAAAGUUGUGCGACUGUUGAUUGUCAUAAUCAUUGAAUUUGCGCUUUGCUGGUUCCCAUCAUAUGUCAAUCACUAUUUUUUGUUCAUUCAACCUGAACAUGGGCAUAAAUUACUAGCGGAAGUUCAGUACGUGUUUUUUUGGUUAGCGCAUGCAAACAGCGCCAUAAAUCCGUGUCUUUAUAUCCUGGUUUGCUUUACGCCGGCUCACAAAUUUGCCGCGGUUUCAAGGAGCACGAGCUGAUCACGUGCGAGUGGAAAGUUCAUGUUGUAGUUUCACCAAGGAGUUAGUGAGUUUUACUCGCCCCAGUUUUGACCCACAGUAAGUGACACGUUUUCCUCCAAUCGGAAAACGUAUUCGAGUUGGGAGGUAUAACAAUUCAUAUUAAUUCAAGCUGAGUAAUUUUGUUGCUAUAGCAACGUCCAAUUUAUUGUGUUUUUGAAGAACAAACUAAACAUUGUGUGAAACAACUUCUAACCUUCUAAAGUCAGUGAGGGAUACCUUCUUAAGUCUUCAGGUAAGAACUUUUUAAACAAGAAAGCCUGUUUAUUAUUAUGAAACUAAAUUAACUAGGGCAACCGUUAGAAAUCAAAAGCUAUUCUAAACGAAGAAAGAAGGUGUAGUAAUCAUCAAGCAUAUUGUUCCAUCUUGAUAUAUUGAGAUGAUAUCAAUUUAGUAUCCAAGCGUUCAAAAGCCACAUGUGCUUUCAACAGAAGAGUAAUGGAGAUCCGAAAGUGUUGCGCAGUACCAGGAUAAAAAGCAAGAGAAAUAGUUCAAGACUGCACAUGCACCAAGAGGCCAAAAAAUUGUGACCUCUCAAGCGAACACGAUGCUAACGGCUAGCCGUUCGUUCGCCGUUCAAACGAGAUGGGCCACCGUUCGAACGGCUCGAGCUACAUCAGACAUCGCGUAUCAGUUCAGAAAGUAUUGUCAUCCCUUCGAACGGCUCGAGCUAUCCGUUCAAAAAAAUAUUGUCAUCCGUUCGAAAGGCUCGAGCUAUCCCUUCCAAAACAAUCGUCAACCGGCUUUUCGAACGGCUCGUUGCAAUUCGUUCAAAAACACAAGACGUUAUUCGUGCGAAAAAAAAAAAAAACAUUAGCUGUUCGAGCUAGUGCAAUCCGUUCCAAAAAAUUAUCCUGCCUUCUGCUUAGCUACUAAGCUGAAGUGUGUGACUAAUGUUUUCGAGUGCAGCAAACUUUAAGUUAAUCCGUUCGUUGGCUUUGUGUCAGAAUUGAUCACCAGACAUAAAAUAAAAAGUUUUCUUCGUGACAAAAAAAUAUCUCAAUAAUCUUGCUUCAGAGAAACAAAUCGACCAAACAAAUUAGGGAGAAAUUAUUUUUAGCGGAAGUCGAUAGUCAAACUGCUUCCUUUCUCAAAUAUAAAGUACAAUUUGGAAAGUCCUGCUACAAAGUCGAACUUUUCUCCAGGUACACUUCCUCUAUCAAUGAAGAGCAGGAAAACUACCUAAAAAGUAGUAGAGCUAAGGUUGUUGAAAACAAGGAUUGAAACGUCAGCCCACCAAGUUAAUUUUCUUAAAAUUAAAAACAAGAAAAUACGGAAAUGUCAGCAAUGUUCACUUCUUUUGACGAUAGGUUAAAAAUCGUUAAAAAUAGCCUUUCUUAAUAGUCAAAAAGCAAGCAACACGCCAGAGUUAAGUAUUUAUAACAUUCAGACCGGGCUUUUCUGUUCUUUCUCUGAAACCGAAAAAGUGCAGUUAUCUAUGAAAGCGGAUGUUACUGCAAGAAAGCCAUUUUUUCAUUAAAAACCAGACAGUGUGGAACUGACAGUUCUUUCAUUAAAAACAGGAAAAUUCAAAUUUUGCAAACACACCGGUCGACAUGUGGUUGCAUGGUAACAUCAUGUUCCUCGACCAAUCAAAUUAAAGGCAUCGAAAGUUUUAUGCCAACCCUCCCGGACUCAAUAGAGUUACUUAACAGGGAAUCAAGAAAGCCAUGGCCCAUGACACUGACGUGAGUCAUAACUGUCACAGUUUGCGACAAAAUUCACACCCACAGCUCUUGACUGACGUAGUCCACUACAUUAACUACACACUCGCCUUAGAAAUUGAGAAGGAUAUCUUCUUAUCUUCUUCAGUCUUAAGGUAAGAGCUUUUCAAACAAGAAAGCUUCUUUAUUAUCAAACUUAAACUAAGGGAAAUGUUACGAAUCAAAAGCUAUUCUGAACGAAGAAAGAUGAUGUAGCUCAGUGUCCAAGCAUAUUGGUUUCAUAUACCGGAGAUGAUAUCCGUUUAGUCUUCAAGCGCUCAAGUGCCAAGUGAUUUUUGAACAGAGAUCCGGUAUUAAGAGCCAAUUUCUCUAAUUGGCGAAAAAGAGGCGGCAGCUGGGACAUUUCCAAAUACGGUGAGUUUCUUUUAGAAAAUACCAUAUUCAAAGGUUCUGAAGCGCUUUAAAUUUUGCGAAAUCGAGGUAAGUUCGAAAAUCCCAGUUUUAGCUCCCAGCCACAGCCGAAAAUGGCGCAAAAUCAUGCAUUUUCCUUUUGAUUGUACAGAUCAAGGCGGUGAUAUCUAUAAAUGUGCUUUGGGUAAAUCAUAGUGCAUGUCUCGCUGUUUCUAAAGCAUUAAUUUGGUUUAAAAAAGCUGCAAUUUUUUUAAUAAUAUUUAAGGCCGAUCCAAAUGCCGUAAUCGAAGCUUUUCAGCGAAAGGGCUAAUUUGAAAACCAUCAACAGCCCACUGGUACAUUAAACUUGAAGUCGAAACUAACAUUUUCUUACAGCAAUCCUCUAUAUUCUGUCGUGUGAAAAUAUCUUCCGCAGCUUCGAGAGACAUAAUCGUAAACUGGUGGUACAUUCGUUCGGUGUGAAACGAACACGGAAAUUGCCCAGUGUCUUGCAUCAAGAACGAAAACUGACUGCGAAUGAAAACCUUUUUCUUUAUUGUGAAUGCUUCAAAAUUGUUUUUUGUUAUAUUCCAUUGAGACUGACAGCACCAAUACAAAACCAUCCAUAAGUUGAGAGACCGAAAACGUAGUGCAUACGUUAGUAGGUUCAUUCCGAAGUUUGCACCAGUUGUAUGUGUAUUACAUAUGAAACAGGAAAAUGUGGAAGUGUCAGUUAUUUCAUUUAAGACAGGAUCACCCGUCAAAGUGCAGUUGCCAUGGCAACAUCAGCUUCCUUCCCCAAACAAAUUGCAAACUUUUAAAGUUGGCGGGGGCGUCAAUAGUGUCCCCUCUCACCCAUCUCGAUGUGAAUAGGGGUUUCUCAACGGGAUAUUAAAAAAGCCUAUUACAAGCGUGCAAGGUUGGUGGGGAGUCAAAAGUCCCCCCCUCCUCUUCCCCCUCCCUAUUUUAAUAGGGUUGCUCAACGGAAAAUAAAGAAAGCCAAUAAAAACAUCUUUGUUCAAGACUUCAGAUGUACUGAGAAGAAAAUAAGUAAGGUUGUAAGGUCAGGUAUACAAGUUCGAUAGAAUCUCAUUAUCAUGAAUAGUUUUUGUUGAGCGCGACUGAGUUAAGCACAUAGUCAAAUAGUUGUUGUUUACUCAAAAUUGAACGCCAAAUAUUACGAAGUGUACAUGUUAAAUUAUCAUGUUUGAUCGCCGAACGAAAGAUCAAGUAAAAACACAAAGUCGACUGAGGCAGUGUGUCACAAAAUUUGAUGAUUGAUAUAAGGACAUUUCACGUCUUUUCUCUUAUUCCAGUUGAACCAUCUGUGCACGCCUGCGUCAUUUCUGUGACGAACUACGAACUAUGCUUUCCCGCGUUAUUGUCAGUUAUUGUCUAGUGUGUUUUAUUAGUUAUAAGUUAUUCGUAAUUUAUAGUCAAUAUACGCGCGGCCGGCGAUCACUAUUCUAGCGUCGUAGGAACUUGGAUAGUCGCUCGCAAUAUGCUCCGUUAUUAAAUAACCAUUUAUCAAGAAAUUUCUCGUUAUAUGGUGUCAGGAGUGGUUUGAUCAACAAUGGCUUAUCUUCAGUCGUUGUCUGCGCCUCAUUGUCUCGAUAUUAAUGACUCCAACGUCGCAGAGAAAUGGAACGAAUGGGGCGAAAUGUGGCUACACUACAAUGUAACGGUGAGGUCCACGUGGCUACGUUCCUCACGGCAAUAGGUCCUGAAGCGAGAAAAGUCAGAUAUGGUUAGAUUUAAAGGAGAAAGCGUGGAGCGACAUUAAAAAGGCCAUCACGCAAGCACCCGUCUUACGUUACUACAGCUUAAAUGAUGAGGUCACCCUCCAAUGUGAUGCUUCUGAUGCAGCGUUAGGUGGAGGCGCUCUUCUUCAAUUACAGCAGCCAGGAAGCUGUGCAUCGAGAGCCCUUACCCAAACUGAAAAUUGAGAAAGAGCUCCUCGCCAUUGUGUUCGCUUGCGAUAAAUUUGACAAGUGUAUUUUAGGCGUGAUGUCGUCCAGGUGGAAAGAGACCAAAAGCCCCUGGAGGAGAUUUUUAAAAAGAGUCUCUGUGACGCACGCACCUGUUUGACUGCAGCGAAUGCUGCUCCGACUUCAGCGUUACAAUCUCGAAGUUAGGUACAAGAAAGGCCCUCUCAUUUAUAUCGCUGAUACCCUGAGCCCCGCGUAUCUCAAUGAAACGGCGUCUUGUGAAGAAGUGAAGUCUCACUGCGUCACGACCGGAACAGAUUAAAAAAAAAAAAAUCCUCUCAAGAUCAAGUCUGCAAAUCUCUCAAGCGAGUCAUGCUGGAAGUUUGGCCAGCCCUUCUUCCAGUUCAAACUGGAACAGUUUCGUAGAGAACUGAUUGUCCAAAGGAGCUUGAUUUUCCGUGGCUCUCAUCUGUUUGCUUCCCAGUGCCCUGAGAAAAGAAAUUAUGUACCUGGCUCAUUAAUAUUUAAGUCACAUUGGCCUUGGUGGUUGCCUUCGUCGUCUGCGGGAAUGCAUGUUCUGGGCUGGGAUGAGCUUACAAAUGAAAGACUUUGUUAGUCAAUGUGAUGUUUGCCAGACUCACCACGACUCGCAAGUCAGGGAACCCAUAAUUCAGCACGAUGUUUCACCACUUCCUUGGGCCAAGAUAGCUGCUGACCUCUACUAUUUCUUAGGCCGGGUCCUUCUAGUUGUGAGGGACAACUUUGCUAAUUUCAGUCAGGUGGAUUCUCUCUCGACGGAAAACUACAAAGCCCUGAUCAGAAGUCCAAUGGCCAUGUAGCAGAUACGGAUCCGUAGUCACUGAUAACGGACCUUGCUUUGCAUUGUCAGAAUUCGCAACAUUGACCAGUCAGUGGAACUUUCAACAUGUCACUUCGAGUCGUCGCUAUCCCCAGAGCAAUGGAAAGACCAAGAAUGCGGUUCGCAACGUUAAACGUCUCUUCACGGAAUGCUGAGCUGCGGGUGCCAGUGAGUUUUAAGGACUUCUUGAUUGGCGGAAUACUCCAAGCGAGGGGAUGGACACGGUUCCAGCUCAAUGGUUCUUUGGCCGUCGUUGCAAGACAGGAUUAAAAUAGGGUAAAACAGUCAGAAUUGCGUAAAUUGCAAUUUAGAAGCACACAAACAGUGCAGUGGUCGAUAAACCUCUUUCUUUUCAUUUGCAAUCUGUUUAAGGGAGGUGUUAGGAGGAAUUGUAAGGUUUUUCAUUGUUUCAAAGUUUAAAAAACACACCGGUUAAAAUGCGACUACCAUGCCAACAUCAUGCUUCUCGUCCAAAUUACAAGCGUUAAUUUAGUUUUCCACCUCCCAGGCUUAAUAGGGUUACUCAGCAGGAAUUCAAGAAAGCCAAUGAAAACGCAAGACAUUUUUGUCGAAAUCAACCAAUCAGCUUUCAAGCGUUCGAAAUUUGAUACCUUCCCAGUCUCAAUGGGAUUAUUAAACAGGAAGUUAAGAAAUGAAAACCUUCACGCUAUUCACAGUUGUCGUCAAAAUCUCCAACACCAAAUAUACCCACUGCUCUUGACCUAGUCCACUGCAUUUACUAAACACU